AUGGCCAUUAUUUCUCGAUGUGUUCCGUAUCUUCCUCUCUUGUGGUCGCUUCUUUUAAUUGUCACCGUUAUAAUGUCGCGUUUAAUGGCUGACGCCAGCCACACUCGAGAAGCUCUGCUUAAAGCUAGUUAUUCCAUGGUGCAGUCAAUUUUCAGUGAAUUUUUGGAUCUCUUGGCUCUGGUUGGAAUUGUCUCGAUAGUCGUUCGCUAUUUACAGCUGGAUCUGGCCAUUCAAGAUCUUACAGGAGAGUUUCGAUCCCGAUUUAGCCGUUUGAGGUCGGCUUCUGUUUCUUUGGGACUCGCAAGUAUGCUUGGAAUUACGCUAGUGAGCAAUUUUCGGCAACCGAACCAUCAGGUAAGUUUGCUGAUUGCAUGCACAACUUACUGAUCAAGGUCACUGAUCAUAGCGUAUUUUUACGCUCUGCGCCAACACCACGUCUAGAACACUUACUGAACGCCUCGGAAAGGCCUAAUCAAGUAGUGCAUGAUUAUAUAAACAGUGAAUAGCGAAAUUUGGAUUUAAACUCCGACUACUGAAGACGGCUCUCUUAAUUUUUCUUGUGCCAACUUCUUCAUAACCAUGAAACAAUUCGUAAGUUUCUCUACCUUGAAAAAGGUUGUUGCAAAUAUAUAGUAAUUCUUUGUCAACUGUUUGCAUCGGAUUAAACUUGAUUUAGCAAUCUCCUGAUCCUCUUUCCCACAACUCUUAUAAACCACAGUGAGUGUCAAAAGGGUUGAAGCUGUCAACGCCUUAUAUCGGCAAAUAGGAGCAGAUUAUAUCGCUUGAUCGAGGGAUGCUAUUCCUUUGUCCCAUCAAUAUGUGACUUUGAAAGAGGUUUAGUGGGAAGCUUUUUGUGUACACCUAAACGCCCCGGCCCACUCUAAAAUAUGUACUGUACAAUCAUUUUCCACCGUUGUUUCACAGAAAAAAAAUUCCAUCAAUUUUUUUUAUUUCUCACAGAAACAUACCGAAGUCCCUGGUAUUGUACACUACAUUGGUCGAACUGUGGUUGGAAUUUGUGGAAUAACAUAUUGUUCACUCCAAACCGUUAUCACCUACUACCUCAUUAAACCGCAAACAAAUACCGUCAAGCUUUUCGCGCUGCGCCUUGCAACAUCGAUUCUUCUAUGCGUCAGCGGUCUCGUGCACGUGUCUAUGGACGUGUGGCUUGCGGCACAACUUUUGAAAGGAACAGCCAAUGCUGAAAAACAGAUGCAUUCUAACUUGAAGGACGAAGAAGACAUCAUGUUCUCUAUUUAUAAUAUCAGUGACUGGUUGACUUAUGUACUUUUUGCUUUGUUUUCAUCAACGUAUUAUGUGGAAUUUUGCCGUUUGGAUCGUUUGGAAAUGAGCUGUUUUCAAAAACAUUCUCCAGAAAAGAAGCCGACUGAAUGGGUUCGGAACAAUUAUGCGAAACUGAAACACGAAGAGAGUGAAAAUUCUGAUCUAGAAUAA